AUGUGUUCCCAAUCACUUCAGCUUCUGCCUCAGCAGAAGGCCGAGCAUUGGGCCGACGAUUUAAGAAGAGAGCUCAGCGACUUCGAUGGCGAUUCUGUCUAUACGUACAUCAACAUUUCCGACGCCGGAGACUUCGACAUGGACACCACCAUAGCCCACCGGUCAAGUACCAGCUCAAGCACCGAAACGCUUGUCGAGCCGAUACCAACCGCCUCCGACGAUGACAUGGUAAUAGAGAUGCCCACCUGGAGGAAAUGGACCACGUUAUUUGUCAUCUGUUGGAUGACGCUCCCCGCCACCUUUGCUAGCAGCUCUAUCAUGACUGCUGUGGCAGAGGUAGCUGCCGAGUUCCAUGUCUCGACGCAAAGCACAACAGCUGCCAACGCUGGUGUUUUCAUUGCCAUGGCCGUGUCAGCUUUGAUAUGGCUUCCGAUCAGUACUUUCAUCGGCCGCAGGGCUGCCUAUCUCCUGGCUACUAUCAUGCUGGCUUUGUGCUCGAUUGGUUCGGCGCUAUCUCAGAGCUUUGCAGUCUUCACCACAAUCUGGAUCAUCGGAGGGACCACUGGACUAUACUUUCUCAUUGCUGGGCAAACAAUAUUGGCCGACAUCUUCGAACCGACCACUCGUGGCAUGGCCGUCGGUCUAUUUCUAGGAAGCUCGGUCGCUGCCAACUCCUUAGCCCCUUUAGUUGGCGGCAUCAUUGUGUCCUACGCAAGCUGGAGAGUCAUCUACGUCGUACAAGCUGCCAUCACCUUCUUCGGCUUGUUGAUGGCGCUCCUAUUCAUCCCAAACGCAAACGAUGUGAACCACAAACAAAGGAAAACACAACCUCCCUCGAAGAGUCCUCUGCGAAGUGUUCUGGGCACCAUCAAUCCCAUGGGCGUGUUUCGCCUUUUCAAACAUCCCAAGAUAAUCACCGCAAAUAUCGCUUGCGGGCUUUUAGGCUUCAACCAAUACGGCCUCAUAGCCUCAGUUCGAAGGGUCAUCAAUCCCCGGUUCAAUCUGACUUCCCCACUCAUCAGUGGCAUCUUCUAUCUCGCACCCGGUGCUGGCUUCCUGUUGGGGAGCAUGAUUGGAGGUGCCUUAUCUGAUCGAACCGUCAAGCAGUACAUCCGCAUGCGAAGCGGCCAACGCUUGCCCCAGGACAGACUCAACAGCUCCCUCCCCGCCCUCUUUGUGGUGCUACCUAUCGGCACCCUGGCAUAUGGCUGGAGUCUCCAGGGCGAGAUUGGCGGGAUACCCCUUCUCGUCAUCAGUUCUUUUGUCCAGGGUUUCGGACUCAUGUGGUCGUUCAGUGGCUUGAACACAUAUGCUGCUGAGGUAUUACCCGAGCAGAGAACAGCUGUAAUCAGUGGGAAGUACAUUGUGCAAUACUUCUUUGCUGCCAGCGCAGUCGGCGGUGUGGUUCCCUUGAUCGACGCCAUCGGUGUUGGCUGGGCAUUCACAAUCACUGGACUCGGAGUUACUUUGGCCGGCGUGCUGGUCUUGAUCAUCAUCAAAUCGGCAUCAACUGAACAUGAAAACCACGCAAACAAGAACGCAAAUGAGAAGGACGCUGAGAAGAAAGUAGACGACGACUGGAAAAGCUUUGCGUCGACGGAUGAAGAUGAGGAUGGGACAAUCGUUUAA